AUCAUCAUUGUUCUAACAAUUGCAUUUCUUGGUGGCUGUUGUAAGUGUGAGAUUAUGUUGUGUUUCUACCAAAAACAUAGCAUACCAUCAUUUUUAAGACUAGUACGAAAGAGUCAAUCUUUCAAUUAUCGGAAAUUCCCUUUUUCUGUUUCACCUAGUAAGGUUGGUGUCCGACACAAGCCCACUAUGAAAACCAACGCAAGUGACUCUGACGAUCCUAAAGUUUACUCUUCCUCCGAAAGUACCUCUCCGUCUAUGUUUUUGCGACUACAAGAAGAAGCACAAGCUCCUUUCCGAAAGUUUCGAAUGUUCAUAUACGGAGGAGCCUUUGUUUCUUCUGUAAUUGGUUUUUUGAUAUCCUCUUUGCAGUUAUUAUCUGGCAUCCUUGGUACUACUACGUCUUAUCCGAUAAGAGAAUCAGUUUACAAUAUGCUUAUCAACGGUAUAGUAAUAGCGACGGCUUCAUUGCUCUAUUUCUUCGACUACCAAGCUGGAAAGCAAAGGCUUGAUCGUCUAUCUGUAUUGUCGAGCAUUCGAAUGUUGCCUGUGGAAUAUAAUCAAAGGCAGUAUCUCAUUGCAGAACUUGAAAGCAGCCAUGCCGUUGUUAUUAUUGCUGCAAAGGGAAAACAGUUAGAAACUAUACUUUCUCAAUUGAAGAAUAUUUCUACUCAAUUGGAAAAAUUCAUCGUUGUUCCCUACGUUGUAAAUAUGUCAACCUUACCUUUAUGGGAAGAAUUCGAUGGUUGUAAAUGGCUUGGAAGAGCUUCCAAUUUGUCUUCUUGGAAUUCUUGGUAUCUAAAGGAACGUGAAUUUGUACCAAAGAACAAGGUUGAUGAACCGAUAGUAUUGUUCUUGAGGAAAAAUGGAAAGUUUGGUUUCCGAGGGUACGGAAAUCCUAAUUGGGCUUAUUGGAUUUCUUCGAUUCAUUCAAUUUGGACAUAAUAAAUGCAAGUGACACCGAUAGCACUUUCUGAGGUUGCACCACCACAGUAUAAUGAAAAAGUACAAGAACCAGAUUUAUUCUGUGU